CUAUCGCACUCGGAUACGGUUCUGCUCAUUUCAUUGGUUCGUUUUUUUAUCUUUAUUUUAAUUAUUAUUUUAAUAAUUUAAUUAUCAACAUUAGCAAUCAGUGUCAGAGCUGAAUUCGGAGUUGAGAAAUUUUGAAACGGGAUCGACGCCCAUUGAAUUUGGUGGACUCGAUUCUUCUCUUUCUUCUUCCUCUUCUCGUUCUCGUUCAUAACACUCACACAGUAACAGCACCUUUUCUUCAAUUUUGGGGAUAAAAUAAAACCCUAAUUCACGUUAUCGCAGAUGGGGGAGCUGUUACUGUAAGGUGAGUGAGUGGAUAUGGAAAGUGGGAGAAGAAUCACGGUGAGCCCUAGGCCUUGCUGCGGCCGAAGAAUUAUUGCGAAGAAGAAGACCGGUCGCGGUGGAACGGUGGAUGGCUUCGUCAACAGCGUUAAGAAGCUUCAGAGACGAGAAAUUAGCUCAAAACGUGAUCGCGCUUUUAGUAUGACCGAUGCUCAGGAGAGAUUUCGCAAUAUUCGGUUGCAGGAAGAGUAUGAUACACAUGAUCCAAAAGGUCCUUCGUCUGUGGUGUUGCCAUUUCUGAGAAAAAGAUCAAAGAUUAUUGAGAUUGUGGCAGCACAAGACAUUGUUUUUGCUCUUGCACAAUCUGGUGUUUGUGCAGCAUUUAGCCGAGAAACCAAUCAAAGGAUAUGCUUUUUGAAUGUCAGUCCCGAUGAAGUUAUAAGGAGUCUCUUUUAUAACAAAAAUAAUGACUCGCUUAUCACAGUUUCUGUCUAUGCAUCAGACAGUUACAGUUCCUUGAAAUGCAGAAGCACAAGGAUUGAAUACAUUAGGAGGGGUAAACCAGAUGCUGGCUUUGCUCUUUUUGAAUCCGAGUCUUUGAAGUGGCCAGGUUUUGUAGAGUUUGAUGAUGUAAAUGGGAAGGUACUCACGUACUCUGCUCAGGAUAGCAUAUACAAGGUAUUUGACCUGAAAAACUAUACGAUGUUGUACUCCAUUUCUGAUAAAAAUGUUCAGGAGAUUAAGAUCAGUCCGGGGAUCAUGUUGUUGAUUUUUGCCAAAUCAAGUAGCCAUGUCCCACUUAAAAUCCUUUCAAUAGAAGAUGGUACUGUUUUGAAAUCGUUCAAUCAUCUCCUUUAUCGGAAUAAGAAGGUGGAUUUUAUCGAACAGUUCAAUGAAAAGCUACUUGUCAAGCAAGAAAAUGAAAACCUUCAAAUUCUUGACGUGCGGACUUUUGAGCUUACAGAAGUUAGCAGAAGUGAAUUUAUGACACCUUCAGCAUUUAUCUUUCUAUAUGAGAACCAAUUAUUCCUGACAUUUCGGAAUCGGACUGUGGCUGUGUGGAACUUCCGUGGAGAGCUUGUAACUUCUUUUGAGGACCACCUAUUGUGGCAUCCUGACUGUAAUACAAACAACAUAUAUAUAACCAGUGACCAGGAUCUUAUCAUAUCCUACUGCAAAGCUGAUUCUGACGAUUCACUAUCUGAAGGAAAUGCGGGUUCCAUCAAUGUCAGCAACAUUUUAUCUGGCAAGUGUCUUGCCAAAAUAAGAGCAAGCAAUAGUUCUCCAAUGGACGACAAAUGCAGUUGCUGUGACAGUUCUUCAGGUGGAAGUUGUAAUUCAAGAAAGCGAAAGCAUGUCUCCAAAAUGAGGAGCACAGUUGCCGAAGCCUUGGAAGAUAUUACUGCUCUUUUUUAUGACGAAGAGCGCAAUGAGAUCUAUACUGGUAAUAGGCACGGUCUAGUUCAUGUCUGGUCUAACUGAUGUAUUGUGUUAAUUUUACUGUGGCCUCUUGUUUUUUUAUUGGCUUUUCUUCACGGGUAAGUUGAUCAUCUUGAUCUGUUGUAAGAACAUUCAGAAGCUGUAACACCCAUUAAGUGUCUGUAUCAUUCAGUUUUUCUCCUUGUUAUGUGCUCCUUGUGCGAGUUUGUUCCGUAGUUGGUAAAAAUCUGUAUGAAGUGCUAUGAUGGUAAGUGCUUAAUCACGAGAUGUUGCUUCUGUUGUAAUCUAUCUUUACAUUAAUGAAGCUGGUUCCAUGGCCCAAAGUACGUUGUGAACAA